AAGAAGAGGGAAAGUUGCGAGUAUAAAAGGCAGGUUGUUCUGAAAACGACGAACCUGACCCACUUUGGAAACCAUCAAAAUUCUCCUACUUUUUCAAUCUCGCCCAUCAGAUUCAUCCCCCCACUUUCAUCCCCAGUUCAAAAUCCAAUUCGAUUCACCAACCCCCCAAAACCCUAAUUCCCAAUUUGUGAGCCAUCGCAAAUUAGGAAAGUUCGAAAUGGCUUUGACCCACACACAUUUAUACUCUCUGCCUCCGUCACUGUCUUUGCUUCUUGGCUUCAAUGGCCGCCAAAGCUUCGUGCUUUUCCUGCAAGGCCGAGAGUGAUCAGUUCGUUAAUGGCUGGGAGCUCAAGGAUGGGUCUUUGGCCCAGCUCUGCAAGAAAUGCGGGUUUUGGUAAAUGGUCAGUUACCAUAUCCUUUGCAAAUUUAGUUUUGCUUAUGUGAAUGGUAUAUUUUGUGAAACUUUUCACAUGGAAGCGGAAGGCUGGAGAGACUCUGCUGUUUGUGCGAAGCCACUCCAUUGUGGGUGCAUUAUGUCACGCCACAAGUAUGCACCACUGGAUUUUGGAGGUGUAGGUUGCACAAAAUGCUUACUAGAAGUUGAUCAAUCUAUUGCUUCAGGUCGAAUGACCAGAAUGCUGAAAGAAAUAGUUGCCAAGUACAAGAUGGACCCAACAGUUUCAUCUGAUCUUACUAAGAAAGUUGUCGAGUCCCUUUUUCCUGAAUCUUUACAAGCUCCAGCACCUCAGAUUGGAGAAGAAUCCAAUACGGAUGUAUCUAAUGGAGAUACAGGUGAACCUAAAUUGGAACCGACUCUAAAUUCAGACCUAGAGACGAAAUUCCAUACCAGUUCAGCAACCCCAAAAGCACAUGCGACUCCAAAGGCAAACCGGAACGUAAUGCCAAAAAUAUAUAACACGUCUUCCACUGAUACACGUUUUCUAUAGAUUCAUACCUGCUUGUUUAGUUGUUUAGUCAUUUGAUUGAUUAAUUAAUUAAGCAUCUGGGAAGCUACGUCUUACAUAAUUUUGACUGAAAAAAUAAAUAAAAGAAUUUUCUAAGCAAUUGAGAGGAUUGGUUCCAUGCUUUUGCACUAAAAUUGGUUUAGUUAAUUAAUUAGGCAUCUAGGAAGCUUCGUCUGACCUAAUUAUGUAAAUACAUAAGUAAAAGAAUUUUUUAAUCAAUGGAGAGAAAUCGGAACCAUGCGGUGAUGUCGGCAUUCGCCUAUAUAUUAACAUGUAGCUUUUGCAGCAAAUCAUCUGAAAUUAUUUUUCUGUGCUGAGUUUCGGCGAUUCCGGCCACCUAAACUUUCAAUGACGUCCGAUGCUCCAUCCACAAGCUUCAGUGCCCUACGGGACGAAGUGUUUGAGUGGCAUAAACCAUCCAUCGAAUGGCUAAUGCCGCUACAUAAGCUGUACGAUUAUCCAUCCCAGAGCUUCGAAGUCCCAUUGGACAAUGAAGCCAGCAGUCUUGUAAUGCGAUAUAAAGCAAGAUUGAAAGACCCAUGGGACGAAGUGUUCAAAAAGCUGAAUCGCAGAAGGGAAAUUUGGGGACGACAAAGAGCAUUUUCACUUUCCGAGCUUCAUCGAGAUAUUCUAUAUGAACUCCUUCUGAGUGUUGAGAUGUCUAAGAGUAGGCGUAGGUAUCGCACACGUCCACGUAUCCAGUUCAACCGGGGACGAUUGAAAAUGUUAGAAAAGAUGCAUGGAACCUGUUCGGACGCUCAUAUAUAUGUUGUCACUCAAAGCUGGCACGGUCGGAGAGGGAAUUGGAUGACCUCUCGGAGCUUCUCGAAGGCGCGAAGAAGAAUGAUGUAGAAAAAACAGUGCUGCCAAUAUUCUACGGUGUUGAUCCCUCCAAUGUACGACAUCAAACAUGAAGUUUUACACAAGCCUUUGCAGACCAUGAGAUAAAGUACAAGGAUGAACCAGGAAAAGUAGAAGGGAUAUUUCCCGUAUGCCCAAAAAUUCUAUGUAUUGUGUCCAAAUGCACCAACCUUUUCGUAUCUUACUAUUUGCUUAGGAAAAGACUAAAAAAGGGUAGUUCCUAUGCUAUCUUGAGCUUUAGAACUUUUGUCUACCUUAGAAACUUCAUUAAAAAACAAAAAUAAAAAUAAGACUAGCC